AUGGUACAACCUAUAACUCUCAAAGAUAGAAAACAGUUCCUCGCUAAUGUUUUGGGAUGUAAAAACAUUACUUUCGAACAUGUCACUGUAUCUGCACCUAAAGAUAGCCCAAACACAGAUGGGAUUGACAUCAUGAGAUCAGAUGGAGUUAAAAUUAUAGACACGGAUAUCAAAACUGGAGAUGAUUGUAUUUUAAUUGGGGAUGGUGCCAAAAAUAUGGACAUCACGGGAGUAACUUAUGGACCUGGACAUGGAAUCAGUAUCGGUAGUCUUGGAAAGUUUUCAAACAAUGAACCUGUUGAAGGAAUUAAAGUGUCGAAGUGUACCUUGACUGAUACUUCGAAUGGUGUUAUAAUCAAGACUUGGGCAAGUGAAUUUCCUGGUAUAGCAUCAAAUAUGUAUUUUGAGGAUAUCAUUGUGAAGAAUGUUAGUUUUCCCGUCCUGAUUGACCAGAAAUACUGCCCAUGGAAUAAAUGCAAAAUGGAUGCAGAAUCGAAUUUUAAACUAAGCAACAUCAGCUUCAAGAACAUUCAUGGUACGGCUGAGCCUCCAGAAAUUGUCAAACUCGUUUGCAGUGGAAUUUUUCCAUGCAAAAAUGUAAAACUUGUCGACGUUGACAUUACGUUUAGUGGACCGGAUGGUCCUGCAAAAUCUGAAUCCAUGCAAGCUCAAGCAGCUGCUCUUGAUGUCGUAGCUAAGUUUUGCGUAAAGGCUGACUUGAAUACAGAUUUCAGUAAGCCAUUGUUGGAUGCUUGGAAAGAAGCUUGUGGUUCAACAACUCCAACAACAAUUUUGAUUCCUGAAGGGACAUAUUUGUUAAGUCAAUCAACGCUGGAAGGUCCUUGA